CACGUGCUCGCUGCUCCCUCCCUAAGCGCCUCGCUGUUCCCGCGCCGGAGGGGCCCUUUAAAAGGCAGUGUCUUGUCCGGCGGGGCGGGUGGGGGUGCUGACCGCAGCCGCAGGCUCGGCCUUUCCCCUCCCCCCUCCCUCUGUCCGUCCCUCCCUCGGUCCCCGCGUCGCUCGCUCGCUCGCCCGGCGCACGCUCCGCCUCCGUCAGUCGACUCGGCUAUCUAGUGCGCGGCGUGGAGCCGGACCGGGGCCCGCAGCCGGGGCUGGAAGCUCGGUGCCAGCCACCGGGCGCGGCCCAGGGCACAAUGGCAGAGAUGGGCAGCAAGGGGGUGACGGCGGGAAAGAUUGCCAGCAACGUGCAGAAGAAGCUUACCCGCGCGCAGGAGAAGGUCCUUCAGAAACUGGGGAAGGCAGACGAGACAAAAGAUGAGCAGUUUGAACAGUGUGUCCAGAAUUUCAACAAGCAGCUGAACGAGGGCACCCGGCUGCAGAAAGAUCUCCGGACCUACCUGGCCUCUGUCAAAGCCAUGCAUGAGGCCUCCAAGAAGCUGAACGAGUGUCUGCAGGAGGUGUAUGAGCCCGACUGGCCUGGCAGGGACGAAGCAAACAAGAUCGCUGAGAACAAUGACCUGCUUUGGAUGGAUUACCACCAGAAGCUGGUGGACCAGGCCCUGCUGACCAUGGACACGUACCUGGGCCAGUUCCCUGACAUCAAGUCACGCAUUGCCAAGCGAGGGCGGAAGCUGGUAGACUAUGACAGUGCCCGGCACCAUUACGAGUCCCUCCAAACGGCCAAAAAGAAGGAUGAAGCCAAAAUUGCCAAGCCUGUCUCGCUGCUUGAGAAAGCCGCCCCCCAGUGGUGCCAAGGCAAACUGCAAGCUCAUCUCGUAGCUCAAACUAACCUGCUCCGAAAUCAGGCCGAGGAGGAGCUCAUCAAAGCCCAGAAGGUGUUUGAGGAGAUGAAUGUGGAUCUGCAGGAGGAGCUGCCUUCCUUGUGGAACAGCCGUGUAGGUUUCUAUGUCAACACGUUUCAGAGCAUUGCGGGCUUGGAGGAAAACUUCCACAAGGAGAUGAGUAAGCUCAAUCAGAACCUCAGCGACGUGCUGGUCAGCCUGGAGAAGCAGCAUGGGAGCAACACCUUCACGGUCAAGGCCCAGCCCAGUGACAACACCCCUGCAAAAGAGAACAAGAGCCCUUCACCUCCACCAGAUGGUUCUCCUGCUGCCACCCCUGAGAUCAGAGUCAACCAUGAGCCUGAACCAGCCAGCGCUGCCACCCCUGGGGCCGCCCUCCCCAAAUCCCCAUCUCAGCUCCGGAAAGGCCCACCAGUCCCUCCGCCUCCCAAACACACCCCAUCCAAGGAAGUCAAGCAGGAGCAGAUCCUCAGCCUGUUUGAUGACACGUUUGUCCCUGAGAUCAGCGUGACCACCCCCUCCCAGUUUGAGGCCCCAGGGCCUUUCUCGGAGCAGGCUAGUCUGCUGGACCUGGAUUUUGACCCCCUCCCACCUGUGGCAAGCCCUGUGAAGGCGCCCACACCCUCUGGUCAGCCAAUCCCAUGGGACCUCUGGGAGCCCACAGAGAGUCCAGCUGGCAGCUUGCCUUCCAGGGAGCCCAGUGCUACCGAGGGCACCUUUGCCGUGGCCUGGCCCAGCCAGACAGCCGAGCCAGGUCCUGCCCAACCAACAGAGGCCUCAGAGGUGGCGGGUGGGACCCAACCUGCGGCUGGAGCCCAGGAGCCUGGGGAGACGGCAGCAAGUGAAGCAGCCUCCAGCUCUCUGCCUGCUGUUGUGGUGGAGACCUUCCCAGCAGCUGUGAAUGGCACUGUGGAGGGAGGCAGCGGGGCUGCACGCUCGGAUCUGCCCCCGGGGUUCAUGUUCAAGGUGCAGGCCCAGCACGACUACACGGCCACCGACACAGAUGAGCUGCAGCUCAAGGCUGGGGACGUGGUGCUGGUGAUCCCCUUCCAGAAUCCAGAAGAACAGGAUGAAGGCUGGCUCAUGGGCGUGAAGGAGAGCGACUGGAACCAGCACAAGGAGUUGGAGAAAUGCCGGGGCGUCUUCCCUGAGAACUUCACUGAGCGGGUUCAGUGAGGGCAGAGGCUGGUGCAGCUCUCUGGGCCUGUGAAGAACACCUUUUCCCGAAAAAUGUGUGUGGUUUUUUUUUUCUGUUUUUGUUUUUUAACUUUUGGAAAGCAAAGGGAAAUCGAGAGGAGAGACCUAAGCCGAGAGGUAUUCUCCCAAAGAUUAGGUUGUUUUCCAAAGAGCCUGGUUUCGGCAAGUUCGGUGGAAUCACCAGUGUUCCUGAAGCUGCUGUGUCCCCUAGUUGAGUUCCUGGCUGCCCUCAGCCCUGCCCCGCAUCCUUUGGGUGUCUGCUGCUGCAGCUGCUAGUGAGCCCGGCCGCAGGGCGGGGCCUGGGGGCCGCAGAGCCACCAUGCUUGCCUGAAGCUUUGGCUGAGCCACCCGGGCAAGGGUCCUCCUUUCCUGGCAGCUGCUGUGGGUAGGGUCCAGUCUCUCCAGACACCUCGGGACCCAGACAACCAUCUGGCCUGGCCCUGCCUCGCAGACCAUCUGUGUGCUGUUUGAAAAUAAAUCUUAGUGUUCAAAACAAAAUGAAACAAAAAAAACUGACAAAAGCACUCAGAAA